CUUCUCUUUUAAAUGAAAUAUGACAUGCUGCACACACGUUGUUGAUUCUCUAAUAGUUCUACAGGAAUUGGAAUUAGCACGCAGGUCAACAAAUACAUUUCUUAAUUAAAACCGUCGUUUAAACACCUGUGAUCAGGAUGAAGUUGCGAUUUAACACUUACGAUAUCAUAUGCAGCAUCGCCGAGCUUCAAAAGCUGAUUGGCAUGAGAGUCAACAAUGUCUAUGACAUCGACAACAAGACUUAUCUGAUAAGACUGCAGAAGACAGAGGCAAAGUUUGUGCUACUUUUGGAAUCUGGAAAUAGGUUCCACACAACCAACUAUGAGUGGCCUAAGAAUAUGGCUCCCUCCGGAUUCAGCAUGAAAUUAAGAAAACAUUUAAAAAAUAAAAGGUUGGAAUCUUUGAAGCAACUUGGAUGCGAUCGUAUCGUGGAUCUGCAGUUUGGUAGUGGCGAGGCAGCUUACCACGUUAUUUUGGAGCUCUUUGAUAAGGGAAAUAUAGUUUUGACUGACUUCGAGUGGACUAUAUUGAAUGUACUUAGACCUCACACGGAAGGGGAUAAAGUGAGGUUCGCCGUUAGGGAGAAAUAUCCGCAGGAUCGGGCUCGCGAAUUGAGUGCGCCGACGGUUGAGGAAAUUCAGCAAAUCUUAGCUGGAGCAAAGCCUGGGGAUUCCUUGAAGAAAUGGUUAAUGCCAAAUUUUGAAUUUGGACCAGCGCUGAUUGAACAUGUUUUUUUGAAAUACGGAUUUGCGAACUCUACGAAAAUCGGAAAGGAUUUCAAUGUAGAGGACGACGUCGUUAAAUUGCACAAAGCGUUGAGUGAAGCGCAUCACCUCAUGACCAAUGUUGAUACAUCAAAGGGAUAUAUCAUUCAGAAAAAAGAGGAGCGUCCAAAUACUGCGAAAGAUGCGGAAAAGGAAUAUUUUUUUGCUAACCAGGAAUUUCAUCCGCUACUUUACGCCCAGCAUACCGAGCACACUUACCAAGAGUAUGAGACGUUUAAUGAGGCAGUCGACGAGUUCUUCUCCACGCUGCAGGGUCAGAAAAUUGAUAUGAAAUCGUUGCAGCAGGAGAGGGAAGCUGUAAAGAAGUUAGAAAACGUAAAACGCGAUCACGAUCAACGCUUAGUAGCGUUGGAGAAGACGCAAGAGUCAGAUAAGGUCAAAGCAGAGUUAAUUACGAAGAAUCAACAAUUGGUUGAAUCAGCUAUCCUUGCCAUCCAGAGCGCGCUUGCAAACCAGAUGGCUUGGGCGGACAUUGAAACGUUGGUUAAGGAAGCAGCGGCUCAGGGGGAUCCUGUCGCUAAGCAGAUUAAACAAUUGAAAUUGAACACCAACCACAUCAGUUUACUUCUAGCCGAUCCAUAUCCAGAGGAAAACACGGAGCCCAUCCCUCUAGUGAUCGACAUUGAUUUGGCAUUGAGUGCUUUCGCAAACGCCCGAAGAUACUACGACCAGAAACGAUCGGCCGCCAAGAAGCAACAGAAGACCAUAGAAUCGCAGAGUAAGGCUUUGAAGUCAGCAGAGAAGAAGACCAAGCAAGUUUUGAAGGAGAUGCAAACCACGACGAACAUCAACAAGGCACGGAAGGUCUACUGGUUCGAAAAGUUCUUCUGGUUCAUCAGCUCGGAGAACUACUUGAUUAUCGCCGGUCGCGAUCAAGGCCAGAACGAGCUCAUCGUGAAGAGGUAUAUGAGACCUACAGAUAUUUACGUGCAUGCCGACAUCCACGGUGCUUCGAGUGUAGUUAUAAAGAAUCCAAGCGGAAAGCCGGUCCCGCCGAAGACAUUAAACGAGGCUGGUACAAUGGCCAUCUGCUAUAGUGUUGCUUGGGAAGCUAAGGUAUUAACGAAUGCUUAUUGGGUAUUCGGAGAGCAAGUGAGCAAGACCGCUCCGACGGGAGAGUACUUGACCACAGGUAGUUUCAUGGUUCGCGGCAAGAAAAACUUCUUACCACCAUCGCAUUUGAUUCUUGGAUUGGGAUUUCUGUUCCGACUGGAGGAUGGUAGUAUCGAGAGGCAUAAAGAUGAGAGGAAGGUGAUUGGAAACGAGGAAGAACUUGAAGAGAUCAAAGAAGAUAGCAAAGAUGAGGAAAUCGUCAUUUCCGAAGAUAGCGGCGAUAGUAGCGACGAGAAAACUGAACAGGAGGCAAAGUUGGGCGAUAUCAAGGAGGAGGACGACGAGGAAGAAAGCGAUUCCGAAGAAUCCGCCUUCCCAGACACAAAAAUUAAAAUUACACAUACAGAGGGAACAAAGAUUAACAUUGUGACUGAAACAACUUCAGGGUUCCAAGCGCCCAAGGAUAAACUAGAUAUUGAAGAGAGGAUGGAAAAGAGCAAGCAGAGAAGUCGGACUGCAAGCGAGACCAGCACCAAAAGUAAAAGCAGCGUUCAGGAGCAGCGACAGCAAAAAGAGAAAAAGGAACAAACUCAACAGGCAAAACGUGGUCAGCGAAGUAAACUUAAGAAGAUUAAAGAAAAGUACGGUGAUCAGGACGAGGAGGAACGACAGUUGAGGAUGACCAUUCUUCAGUCGGCUGGUCCGAUCAGCAAGAAAAACAAGAAAAAUUCCAAGGAUUCGCAAGCAAAUAAAAACAAACAAAACGAGAAAGGUCCGAGACAGCCGAGACCAAAUGUGGAGCAACAUUUCGACGUGGAAGAUGAACCCGUGGUGCAGGCUGACGUCGACAUGAUUGAUGCCCUAACUGGAAUUCCAACUACAGAAGACGAAUUGUUAUUUGCCGUUCCUGUCGUAGCUCCUUACAAUACUCUCUCACAGUACAAGUUCAAGGUAAAACUAACACCGGGUACUUCGAAGAGAGGUAAAGCUUCGAAAACGGCUGUCAACAUGUUUCUGCACGAGAAAACGAUCACGCAAAGGGAAAGGGACUUGCUGAAAGCCGUCAAGGAUGAUGUGAUGGCGAAAAAUCUGCCGGGAAAAGUUAAACUGUCGGCGCCGAGGCUUCAAGCGCUUCGAAAGUAAAUGUUUGUUACAUUGAAUAAAUAUUUUUAAUUGUUA